AUGCUUUCCAUCUUUUCUCUUGUCACCGUCGCUAUCUCUGCCUUUGCUAUGCUAGAGGGAGCAACAGCUGGUGCCGUGCAAGCAAACUCCAAUGUGAUGUACAAACGUCAAUCUGACUGGUUCGCUUCAUCGAAUGAAGCUACAGGCAAAAGCUUCGAGAAACGCAUGAUGGGAGUCGGACAAGUCGGACAACAAUCACAACAACAACAAAAAGUUCCACCUUUUCUGGUCAACAUCAUCAUCAAAAGGCUCUCAGCGGAUUUGGCUGACACCAUUGCUAAAUACUCAAAAGUCGCAGAAGCUGGUAAAAAGAUGCCAACUAGCGGUGAGCUUACUGCCGCCUUGAAGAAAGCGAUGAAAGAAGGAGGCGACGAUCCUGUGGCUCAUGCCCAAGCGACCAAAGCGGCUAUUGAUGGUCUUGCUGAAAGCAAGCUUUCUGGAUCCGACUCCGCUCCAAAGACUGACUCCGCUCCAAAGACUGACUCCGCUCCAAAGUCUGACUCCGCCCCAAAUACUCGUCAAGAAAUGACUGCUUCAACUUCGGGUUCAACAGCUGAAGCUCCUAAAUUCAAAGAUUCUGAUGUCCGAAGAUUUGCCAAUGGAUUCUUGAAAAUGGUCAAAGCAUUUGCCGAAGCUAAGAUGGCUGGUGGAAGUUUACCUACUGCUGAAGAAAUCGCUCAACUCCUUCAUCGUCUACAACAAACUCUUGACCAAAGUGACCAACGCAAAAGUGCUCGUGCCACUCACGAGGCUUUCAUGGAACUUGCUGCCAGCAAGUUUCCUGCCGGCAAGAAGCCCUCCUUCGACACCAAGGCUUCUAGUGAUUCAGACUCCAAGACAUCCGAUGCCUCGUCUACCAAGUCAGCUGAUAGUGAUCCUACCGCCACCAAGAAGCCAACCACCUCCACUGCCGCCAAGAAGCCAACCACCUCCACUGAAAAGCCUGAUGCCAAAACUACCACUGACCCUGUAGACACCCAAACCACAGGCCAAUGA